CUCCUUCUUAGAUUUCUCUCAUCCUGAAGACAGAACUAACUUUGCAGUAAAAAUAAUUAGGAGGUCACUUCUCAUCUUACUUCUAAAUCUGGCCUUGAAAGACUGUCCCUGCAAGUAGCUACUUUUACUAGAACCAGGACAUUACGGACAGAAACUUUCUUAUACUUUUCUAUGAUUUCCUGAUUCUUCCAUGUCUCAAGCUGCUGUGAAUUCUGAUCUAAAAAGGGCUUUAGAGAACAGUCCAGAGACUGAGAUAGAUGAGGAAACCCAGCAAGAACCCCAACCAAGAAACUUUCUACUGCUCACCAUUUUAACAUGUUUCUGUCCAGCAUAUCCUAUCAACAUUGUAGCAUUUGUCUUCUCUAUUAUGUCACUGAAUAGCUACAAUGGAGGCGACAUAGAAGGUGCUAGAAGACUGGGUCGUAAUGCCUUGUGGGUCGCUGUUGCAUCAAUUAUUAUCGGACUUCUAGUUAUCGGUAUCUACUGCACAGUUCACUUCACCACGCAUUCAAUAUGAUGACUAUAUGAGUGGAAAAAUGUUAAUCUUCAUCGUAAGACAGAUCUACAUUUUCUGGAGAAGAUUCUUCAUGGCUGCCUGUUCACAUCAGCACUGACUGCUGUGACUAACUUGUAACUGAGCAUUUUUAAUAAAUCAUAAAUGAUGUAGAGAACACUUCUCGUGUACCAAAGGAAUGCACACAGUUGAUGGCUGAUGUUUAAACUAGUGUUUAAACUAUGUGAAUAGGAGAUUAAGAAUGUUUAAUUAUGCGUGUACAGCGUAUUAACAAGGUAUGCUACAUCACCAUGGACAUGAGAAGCAAAGAAAUAAACACAUUUUGUGCUCCAUAUUAAUACUGCUUAAAACAUUUAUAGUGCAUAGUAAAGUAAUAUUGUGUAUAAUUCAUAAACUUUGUAUAGUAACAAUCAUAUUGGAAUGCAAGAUAAAUUAUGCAUACCAAAUACGUAGAUAAUGCAUAACGCACUAAAAGUGCAAAAUUUUAUUGUAAAAUGUCAAGAAUGAGUGUUGGCCUGUAAUUAAUGUGCAUGGUGCUGGACUCAUGCUGGCACUGCAACAGUACAAUAUGGAUCCAGUCUGACCCAGUAUGCAGAACUAAACUACUCUAGAAACAUACACAACAUAUACCCAGUGAGUCAAUCCACCCUGUCCUAGAAACAAAAGUGAAUCUCCCUAGGAACAGAUAACACAUAGCCCAAACUGUAAUUUUCACUAUCGUAAAAAUUAAGCUAAUUCUAAAUCUGCCUUUAGUUAAUGCAGACAAAAUUAUCUAAUUCUUUCAUAUUUUAUAAACUAUAGUUUCCUCUUGUCCCACUUAGCACUCCCAACAAAUUAUUACCCUGGAAUGUAAAAGAAUACCAACAGAAAGAUGCAACAUGGUUCAGUUUGCUGCAAAGGUGAAACAGACUAUUAUCAUCAAAUUUCAUUUUCCCACUGAAAACUCCCAUGCAAACAGCCACAACACCACUUCCCCAGCACCAUACCACUUGUUUUACUUUGUGCUGUCCAAAUAUAUGAAAUUUAAAAGAACAAAAGAAAGGCACUAAAGGAAAACCAGUUCACUAAAGCAGGUGUGAUACCAUCUUCAUACAGAUACCACAAACUUGCUUGCUUGUUACUUAUUAUUGCAGGAACAUUUAAAGAGUAAAACGGCAGCUCCACAACAGUGUGACACAUAACCAGUAAUAAAAAGCAAUAUUGGUGUUAAAACAGUGAUAACAGAUAUCUGUUGCAAGACAUGACAAUUACAACUACAAAGAAAAAAAUUACAACAGUGCCAUCUGAAAGGCAACUGAAAUAAAAGCCCAGUUUAUAAAGUAAAACAGCACUGUGUUGAAUAGGCCAAUGCAUAAUACAAAUAAUGCAUUCUAAAGAUGCUUUAGCAGCAGAACAAAAUCAGUUUUCAGAUCCUGGACAAGCUGUGCCUGCACUCUUAUGCCUUCUGUCCUAAGGUAUAAUGUUGCCUUGUUACAACACGUGUUCUGUCACACACUGUACCUCUGAUGCUGCACACUGCUGUUAUGUCACAAAGAAUUUAUACAAUAUGCACAUUAGCAAAUACAGUACAACAUGGGUAAAUGCAACACAUCACUGCUUAUAUUUACAGGUUACAGCACAGUGUGCAUGAAAUUUGGUGUAUAUUUCCAAUAUGGAAUAUAACUCUUUAAUGUUUAAGUCUUAAUUGUCUGGAAUAGCCAUAAAUUGUGCUUAUGGUACUUCACUGUCCAGAAAGUAAAUAAAUGCAUUAAUUUUGAUAAGCUAUGUUUACAGAGCUACCGUUUAAUGUAUACCACUUUUUACACUGUGUCUUGUUUUAUAUAUCAAGUCUUCAGUUAGAUAGUGGCUGAAAGCACUCCUGUAACAGUCCACGUACCUGGUUAACAAACUAAAAUAAAAUAAAACAAUGAAACAACCA